CGUCACCCAUUUUGGCUUCCUCCUCUCUAUAUAAAGAGUUCCACCCCUCUCCACUUCUCACUUUUCGCAACCUGAGUCUCCAAAGCUUUCACCGGUCGAGUUCUCUUCUUCGCCUUCCAGCCCUCCGAGUCAAGUAAGCCCCCUCCUUUUCUUUGAUUACUUUCCCGGCCAUGUCUUCUUUUAGCGAUAGGAUUUCGUCCUCAGAGGACUGUUCCUCUGAGGGCUCCAACUCAUCUUCUUCGACCGGGUCUUCUUCUCCUAACUCCAUGCCCGGUCAGACUCCCAACCCUUCUGUCCCCGACCCGCAACCUGUUAAUCAAAUGCCCGUCCUACCGGGUGGGACUGGCUGCGAAGGUUUUGUAUUCUUCAAAGCCCGUACCGGUAGGAAGUUCAUUUCCGAUGUCCCCCAAAGUAACCGGGGAUGGAAGGAAAAAUUUGUCUUUAUUGAGUUUCCACCCUUCGUCACUCCAUUGGCCGGUCUGAGGUGGAAUGACCACCUCCUCAACCAAGAGUCCGCUGCACCGGCUUCCACCCCUGACUUGGAAGCCAAUCUUGAGAUUCUCAUGCGUGGCGAUCCUUUCACCGGGAGGAUCUUCCACUAUGGCAGCUGGGUAUGGAGGGUUGAGUCGGGUGGUGAGGGUACCUCCCAGGCCCAUGAAGCAGCGGGGCGCGGGGUACCCUCCCCGGGAAACACUGCAGAGGCUGAGGGCAAGAACCGCCCAGACAUGGAGUUCGAAGAAUUCGCCAUGCCCGAAGAUCAGCCAGAAGGAGAGACCAGUGGUUCUCAGACCGGUGUUGCAAAAACUUUCACGGUCCAACAAGAGACCGUGGAAGUCCAUGAUUUGGACGAGCCGGAGGAGGACCGGUCAAAAGGGAAGGACAAAGAGAAGGCUGGCCGGCGAAUGAAGAAGGCGGGGGAGAUUGGGCCGCAUACAGUGGACCGGUUGGGGAUGAGUUCCCCUUCUGAAGUUGACCGACUGAAGAAGGAAAAAGAAGAGAUGUCCCUAAUUUUGAAGAGCCAGGCAGAUGAGUUGAUCCGUCUGUCUGGUAUGGCCGGGACAAUGAAGGUGAAGAUCUCCCAGCUGAAGGAGGAGAAUAGCCGGCUAAUGGACGAGGUAUCUGAAGCCAUGAGGGAAAUAGCGGAGAAGGAAGAAACCUUCCCCGGGCGCGCAGUCGCCUGGGUUGAAGAGAACAAAGACGCUGUUGCCCGGGUGAUGUUGGCAACGCCGGAAGCCACGAUGGAGUCCUUCAGGCUUCUGUACCGGGAGCCUGAAGGGAAGAAGAUGAUUACCACCAUUGGAUCUUUCGGAUUCAAGUGCGGUCAAAAGAAAGACCGGGCUGCUUCUCACCGGGUCCUGAAGAAAAGGGACCUGGACUUCACUGCGGCUUCAUACGGCCUGGCUCCCAUCCCAGAGGAAGAGCCAACUCCCCCUUUUCCCCUCUACUGAUCUCCCCGGCUGCGCCCGGUUGAAUUAUUUUGUAAAACUUCGAACUCAUUUCCCCGGGGAUGCCCGGUGUAUCUGUAAACAUUUAACAUUCUUAUUCCGUUUGAAUGCCAUGUUUAAUUUCCAUACCGGUUGAUCUUGCUUCUUGAUUGAUUCUUUUGCUUUGCCUCUAUUUUGCUAUCUUACUUUAACCAGUACGCAUUGCACCUGAUAAAUAUCUGCGAGUAAAACCCCAACUUUCACUUUUGAAUGUCUUCCCCUUGAUGGUCAACUUGGAAAAGGUUUGACCGGUGUAAAUUCGACUUUCCAUUUUGGGUACCUUCCAUUUGGCAGUACAAAUUUUUUCGAUAAAGUACAGUUUAACUGGUAGGAACGCACUUCAUGGUAUGACCGGUCAACCACUUUCUCUUGAGGAACUUUCGAAGUUCUAUUGUACCCAUACCCGACCGGGGUAUUCCUUUUUCUUUGACCGGUAGGUUGUAGAUGGGAGCACCUGUA